GUAGACAACCCACUUUUUGACCCAAACAUCAAAACUACAAGAAAAUUCCAUCAAUAAACAAUACACCAUCAAAAGCCUUAGAUUGGUUUCUUAUCAUAUCAUAUCACAUACCAAACAAAAGUCAUCCACUACCACUACCACCACCACAACCCCCCUUACCAACACCACUGCAACUCAUAAACCACCAAUGGAAGAAAAAGAGAAGAAGAACAAGAACAAGAAGCAAAAACACCAGCACCCAAAUGAUCAAACCACAAAACCCACAUCGGAUUUUGCAUUCAAGCCCACCUCCGACGUCAAGGGUCUCCGGUUCGGCGGCCAAUUCAUAGUAAAAUCGUUCACAAUCCGGCGAGCUCGGCCGCUCGAGCUCCUAAACCUCCUCUCUCUCCCACCAUGCAACACCAAAGAGAUAUCCAAGCCCAGCACAAAGCUACCAUUUCCUUCCACAACGGCAUUUUUGCCUACAAACUUCACAAUAUUGGCUCACCAUGCAUGGCACACACUCACACUAGGCCUCGGAACAAAGAAGUCUAAGGUGCUUCUAUUCGUUUUCGAGUCGGAGAACAUGAAGGUGGCGGUGGAGAGGGCGUGGCCGGCGGAGAUACCUCUAGGGGAGGUGAACAAGAAGCUGAUAAGGGGGAUGACCGGAUGUGAGAUGGCGCGGUUUAAGUUCAGGAAAGGGUGCAUCACAUUUUAUGUUUAUGCAGUGAGGAGAGUUGGGAGUUUAGGGUUUUCAUGUGCUGAUGAUUUGAGGACUGUUUUGCAGACUGUGGUUGCACUCAAAGAUUUCUUGGAUCACACUGCUAUGCUUGCCAUGCCUAACCAGAGAAGCAUCAGUUAUGCACCUCCUGUGGCCAUGGCUCAUUAGGGCUUUUUAAUUUCUCUCUUUUUUUUUACUUAACACCAUCAUUGUUCAUCAUCGUCUUCUUCUUUAAUUCCUCUCUCCCAAGAAUUAUUAAUCUCUUCUCUCUUUCUGUUUCUCUUUUUCUUGACUUCUCUCAAAUAUUUUAUUUUUUUGAUGGGGGUAAUUUUUUUUUGGGAGAUCUUGUUUUUCUUUUUUAAUACCUGUUCAAUGUAAUUUAGCUGAAUAAAUUGAAGGUUUUGACAGUGAA